ACCCGCCGCAGCCGACGGGUGCCCGAGAAAAGCUGGGACCGCCGCAGGCUGCCCAUCAAGCCCACGCGCCGCCACCCGCCUCUACGCAGCCCUCAUUUCAGUCUCCCUCAUCUCCGGGCUCUUUUCCGAGCAUCAACCAAGUGUCUGCCACUCACAGCCAAACCUCAUCGGCGCCCCCUGUGGCAUCUCAGUGGAUAGACCCGACGCAGUGCCGCGCCUCCAAUGAGUCUGCUCACGCCUACAACAAUGCUGCCCUUCCAACAGCGGGGCUGACAACACGCGCCAUGGUUUUACAUCAGCGGUCUCUCUUACUCAAGCAGCUGGCAGAGUUGGAGAAACUGCUGGAAUCGUUGCCUCCGGAGGACGACGUCUGCGUGAAGUUGCCCCUUUCGGCCCCCCAGUCGCCGCUGUCUAGGGGCGAGUCGCCGCCGUGUCAACGCGAGCCAGUGCACAAAAUGGAGGUGCCUCCGGAGGACGACGUCUGCGUGAAGUCGCCCCUUUCGGCCCCGCAGUCGCCGCUGUCUAGGGGCGAGUCGCCGCCGUGUCAACGCGAGCCAGUGCACAAAAUGGAGGUGCCUCCGGAGGACGACGUCUGCGUGAAGUCGCCCCUUUCGGCCCCGCAGUCGCCGCUGUCUAGGGGCGAGUCGCCGCCGUGUCAACGCGAGCCAGUGCACAAAAUGGAGGUGCCUCCGGAGGACGACGUCUGCGUGAAGUCGCCCCUUUCGGCGCCCCAGUCACCUAUGUCCACGGGCGAGUCGCCGCCGCAUCAAAGCGAGGCAGCGCACAAAAUCGAGCCGGAGUGGUACGCGUCUUCAAACGGCGCGUCGCCGGCAUCGCCGCCACAGCCGCCGACGCCACCGCAAGCGGCGCCCUCGGACAGCGAGCAUUGCGAAAAGCCAGCAUCCGGUGGCGAGCACGACGAUGACGACGACUUGACGGAUGACUCUGCGUGUGAUCCAGCAGACCCUGACGGCCGCUCUCCCGACUCGUCAGACCGCGGCUCCGUUUUCGUACCGAGCGACGACAGCGACGUGUCCGACGCGCUGUCGGACGUGGGAGAAGACCCCGUCCGCCCCUCGGGCGGAUCCCCUCGUGGCCCCGCCAUGUCGCUGCGCAGCAGGAAAAAGCCCGGCACGGCGUCCCUCGGCGCCCGGCCGCCGGACGCCGAGACGGAGUGGAGCCGCUUGAAGAGCGUCAAGGUGCGCGCCAUGAAACAAGGCCAGAAGAGCCGCAAGCGCGUUUCUCGGCGGAACCACUGCCUGUUUUGCUCCAAGGCCGUCAUCAAGAUGUCCAGGCACCUGCAGCACAGACACAGCCACAAGGCGCAAGUGUCCGCCGCCCUGCGCUUCCCCAAAGGCUCCCGGGAGAGGCAGCGGCUGUGGAACCAGCUCAUCAAGGAGGGCAACUACGCGCACAACAAGCACGUGCUGAGGACCGGCCAGGGGCAGCUGGCGGCGCGGAAGAGGCCCCCCGAGACGGGCCAGGCGCAGGACUUCCUGCACUGCCUGUACUGCCGAGGCCUGUACAUCAAGAAGAACGUGGCCUGCCACAUGAAGCGCUGUCCCGAACGGCGCAGGAGGAAGAAAGAGGGCGAGCCCCCCGUGGGCAAGGAACGCGUGGAAACCCGCUGUGCCCUGGAGGCCAUGGGCGAGCUGGACAUCAGCGCCGGCUUCCGCGCCGUCCUCUCGCAGAUGAUCUACGACGACGUGACGCGCCUCGUCAUCAGCGAGCCCGUCCUGCUGGGCUACGGCGAGGCCAUGGCGGCGCAGUACGGCGCCGACGCCAAGCGGCAGGAGUACAUGCGGCAGAACCUGCGGCAGAUGGCUCGGCUGGUCCUGGAGGCCUGGAAGCGCACGCCGCUCAGGCGGCUGGAGGAUUUCUUCCUCCCCGACAGCUUCCCGCACGUGGUGGCCGCCGUCAACGUCCUGGCCGGCUACGACCCGGCCGCCCGCACCUACAGCGCCCCCUCGCUGGCCAUCAAGCUGGGCUACUCCCUCCAGAAGGUGUGCCGCGUCGUCCAGGAGAGGGCGCUGGAGCGCGGAGACUUCCGCCUGGCCGAGGCGGCCAAGAACUUCCUGCUGGUCUACAGGAAGGAGUGGGCCAAGACCAUCUCCUCGGACGCCUUGUCGGUUCUGCGGAAGAGCAAAAGGAGCUCCGGGGAGGAAGUUCCGGACGCCCAGGACGUGAGGAGGCUCCACCUGCACGCCGAGAAGGUCCACCUCCUCGCCGAGGAGAAGCUCAGGCGGGAGCCCGCCGCCGAAACGUACGACGCGCUGGCCAGGGCCCUUCUGGCCCGAAUAGUUCUGUUCAACAGGAGACGAAGCAGCGAGGUGUCCUCCUUGCCGCUCUCCGCCUUGAAGUCCGUCAAGGAGCCCGACCCGCGGGAGAACUCGGACUUGUUAGUGGGCGAGCUGGAGAGGAGCAUGUGUCGAGUCUUCAGCAGGAUGGAGAUCCGCUCGGCCUGCGGCCGCAUGGUCCCCGUGCUGCUCAAACCGGCUUUCCUGCCCGCGCUGGAGCUCCUGGCGCGGGUCCGCGAGGCUUGCGGCGUCCCCGCCCGGAACCCCUUCCUGUUCGGACGCGUGCACGCGCUCAGCGCCUACCGCGGCUCCGUCUGCGUGCAGACGUUGGUCAAAGACAGCGCGGUCCGAAAGCCCGAGGCGCUGACGUCGGCCGGCGUUCGCAAGCACCACGCCUCCAUGUUGCAGCUCCUCAGCCUGGACCCCGCCGAGAGGGAGAUGGUCCUGGGGCCCGGCAAGCAAGCGGAGAGCAUUCGGGGCGACGUCCACCCUGGAGGCGCCAGGCAGCCCAGCGAGUCUGUCGGCGGUUUGUCCGGGACACGCUCGACCAAAUCCGCAGCGGCCCGGCGGUCGCCGAAAGUUGGUUCGCCGGCCAGCAAGCAGAAGUGGAGCGACUGCGAGGUCGCCGCCGUGGAGAGACACAUGAUGUCCCUCAUCCGAGACCACAAGGUGCCGCAAAAGCUGGACUGUCUGCGGUGUCUGGAAGCCGAGCCGCGGGCCCUGAGCACGCGCUCCUGGAAGGGCAUCAAGGACUACGUGAGGAACCGGAUCACCGCCCUCAAAAGACAAGCCAAGCCCCCCAAGCGCUGAUGACUCUGGAGUAAUUUCGCACACUUAUCUUUGGUUUUCCAGCUGUAAUUCUUUAUAAAUAGUUCCAAGCCUUGGC